UACUGGAAAGUUUUUUUUUCGCGCGAAGCAUGUACAAGUUUACCAUAUCCGCACCGGGCAGGGUGUUCUUAAGCGGAGAUCCUAUGAGAUAUAACAAACUGUGCAUAGCAGCCAGCUUAGACCAACGUACCAAACUCAUAUUCUCUUUAACUCCAAAAGCUCAAAAUGAAGGUCACAUAGAAAUAAAUUUCACGAGUAUCCGGUUAUAUGCGCGGAUACCUUUAAGCGCAACGGAGAGCUUUUUUGAGCUGGGGUGUAACAAUCAACUCACUGAGGCUAACUUGCGUAACCUCGUAAGAAAUUUUGUUGACCAAUUAUCACGGGAGGUAUUCGGACGUAGUGAUAAUUACGACUGCAACGAUCGCGCGCACCUGUUAAGCUUACAAGCGUUCUUUUUACUUCUCAUUCUUGUCUCCCGUGGUGAUCAAAUAUGGGUUUAUACACAAUCAUCCUGGAGCGUGAAAAUAUCGACGAAAUUGCCGAUUGGAGGGGGCCUGGGUGGCUCCGCAUCAUUCGCGACAUGCCUCGCGGCGUGCUUUUAUCGUUGGUUGUUUCGGAAAGAUGUUUUUAACCAACGCGAUUUGUCAAGAAUUCGUUAUUACGUUCAAAAGUGUGAACGCAUUAUAUUCAAGUCCCCGACUAGACUGAUCGACUCCGUCAUAUCCGUGUACGGUUCGAUAUAUGUAUUCGAGAACGCAUGGCCGACGAAUGAACGUUUGCGGUAUUAUAAUAUUGAAAGAAUUGGUAAAGGAAUUCCGGGCAUGAAGAUCGCGCUGGUUUACUCGAAUGUCCAUAAACUUAUAUCCGAGCAAAACAAACAAAUGGAGAGUAUGAAGCAAUCGUUUCCGUUCAUCAAGUCCAUCCAGAGUAACAUCGACAAUGUAGUGAACAAGAUUAAAGUUACGUUAGACGACACGGAGCUAAUGAUAGGUCAGAGAGAUCUGUUAAAAGUUCAAAAACUAGAUUACCUGAAGGACGGCUACGUACAAUUAGCGGUAAACUUUAUUCUGCAAACUUCGAUAUUAUCUAUAUAUUCUGAAAACUUUAUUCAUCUCUUAACGUAUACUUUGCAGAAACUUAUCCGCAUGAACCAAGAAUUGCUACGUGCAUUAGGCAUGUCGCAUCCAAACCUAGACGUUAUUUGUAAUGUUAUUACGCCGCUUUUGUCAAUUUCAUUUGCGGGGAAGCUUGCAAAUAAUGGUGGAGGUGGAUACGCGUUCAUUUUACUGUCCCCGGACAGCCCAGACGCACACAUCGAUCCCAUCGUAAACGCAUAUAAGUUGCAUAAUUUCACCGCCGAGAUAACCAAAUUAAAUUGCAAAGGAGUGAGAAAUGAACCAACUCUCUAGCAAAUCAACAAUAUGAGCAAGUGAAUAUCAACAUUAUAAAGAUAACUUUAUUGCAACAAAAAUGCGAGUCAUGGAAAAAAAUAGGCUUUUGUAUAAUAUUUUCUGUAUAAUUAAUAUAUUGCAUACGUUAAUAGAUUUUAGCUAUAAAAAUACGCAUUUGUGUUAAG